CAGCGUCUGGACGCGCAGCUCCUCCCUCUUGCAGAACGAAGUGGGAUCUCCAUUCAAACAUCCAAACUCAAAGGCAUGAAAGUCUACUUCAUACUCCGCAGCUGCUGAUCACCGCCCGGCCGUAGACAAAGCUCAGUAGUUGUAGAGAAUCGGCGUUAUUUCGCAGCCAAAAUACGCGAGGAAACGGGAGAAGUCAUUCUGGCCGAGAUACUUACAAGUGGUCGCUAGCAAGCUCUUCUAACAGACUGCAAACAUGGCGAGUGCCUCAUACCAUAUCUCCAAUCUCUUGGAAAAAAUGACUUCAAGCGACAAGGAUUUCAGAUUCAUGGCCACGAAUGACUUGAUGUCAGAGCUGCAGAAAGACUCCAUCAAGUUGGAUGAUGACAGUGAGCGGAAAGUGGUGAAGAUGAUCCUCAAACUUCUGGAGGAUAAAAACGGGGAGGUUCAGAACCUGGCUGUUAAAUGUUUGGGACCUCUUGUUAGCAAAGUGAAGGAGUAUCAGGUGGAGACCAUCGUCGACACGUUGUGCACGAACAUGUUGUCUGAUAAAGAGCAGCUUCGAGACAUUUCCAGCAUCGGGCUGAAGACAGUCAUCGGGGAGCUUCCGCCAGCGUCCAGCGGCUCUGCCCUUGCUUCCAGCGUGUGCAAAAAGAUCACAGGCCGCCUGACGAGCGCCAUCGCCAAGCAGGAGGAUGUGUCCGUGCAGCUGGAGGCUCUAGACAUCAUGGCUGACAUGCUGUGCAGGCAAGGAGGCCUGCUGGUGAACUUCCACCCCUCCAUCCUGAGCUGCCUGCUGCCCCAGCUGACCAGUGCUCGGCUGGCUGUGCGCAAGAGGACCAUCAUUGCCCUGGGCCACCUGGUCAUGAGCUGCGGCAACCUCGUCUUCGUGGACCUCAUCGAGCACUUGCUGGCCGAGCUCUCGCGCAACGACUCCAUGUCCACCACGCGCACCUACAUCCAGUGCAUCGCUGCCAUCAGCCGACAGGCCGGCCACAGAAUCGGCGAGUACUUGGAGAAGAUCAUUCCCCUGGUGGUGAAAUUCUGCAACAUCGAUGAUGACGAACUGCGGGAGUACUGCAUACAAGCCUUCGAGUCCUUCGUCAGGAGGUGUCCAAAAGAGGUCUAUCCCCACGUGCCCACAGUCAUCAACAUCUGCCUGAAGUACUUGACCUAUGACCCCAACUACAACUACGAUGACGAGGACGAAGACGAGAACGCCAUGGAUGCAGACGGUGUGGACGAGGACUACCAAGGAAGUGACGAUGAGUACAGCGACGACGAUGACAUGAGCUGGAAGGUGCGGCGGGCGGCGGCCAAGUGUCUAGACGCCGUGGUGAGCACGCGGCACGAGAUGCUGCCAGAGUUCUACCGCACGGUGUCGCCGGCGCUAACGGCGCGCUUCAAGGAGCGCGAGGAGAAUGUGAAGGCCGAUGUUUUCCAUGCCUAUCUAUCCCUGCUGAAGCAGACGCGCCCCGCCCAGAGCUGGCUGUGUGAUCCCGACGCAAUGGAGCAGGGCGAGACCCCCCUCACUAUGCUGCAGAGCCAGGUGCCCAUGAUCGUGAAAGCUCUGCAUAAACAGAUGAAGGAGAAGAGUGUGAAGACCAGGCAGUGCUGCUUCAACAUGCUGACCGAGCUGGUGAACGUGCUGCCAGGGGCCCUGACUCAGCACAUCCCAGUGCUCAUCCCAGGAAUCAUAUUCUCUCUGAACGAUAAAUCAAGUUCCUCUAAUCUGAAGAUCGACGCACUGUCCUGUUUAUACGUGAUCCUGUGUAACCAUCAGCCCCAAGUCUUCCACCCCCACGUCCAGGCCCUGGUGCCCCCUGUGGUGGCCUGCGUGGGAGACCCUUUCUACAAGAUCACAUCUGAGGCCCUGCUGGUCACUCAGCAGCUGGUGCGCGUGAUCCGACCGCUGGACCAGACAGACGCCUUUGACGCCUCUCCCUACAUCAGCGACCUGUUCGCCUGCACCAUCAAGCGGCUGAAGGCGGCCGACAUCGACCAGGAAGUGAAGGAGCGCGCCAUCUCCUGCAUGGGCCAGAUCAUCUGCAACCUGGGCGACCGGCUGGGCGCCGACCUGCCCGGCACGCUGCACAUCUUCCUGGAGCGCCUGAAGAACGAGAUCACGCGGCUGACCACGGUGAAGGCGCUGACGCUGAUUGCUGGCUCGCCGCUCAAGAUUGACCUGCGGCCCGUGCUGGGCGAGGCCGUGCCCAUCUUGGCCUCAUUCCUGCGCAAGAACCAGCGGGCACUGAAGCUGAGCACGCUGGCAGCCCUGGACAUCCUGGUGAAGAACUACAGCGACAGCGUGACGCCGGCCAUGAUCGACGCCGUGCUGGCCGAGCUGCCGCCGCUGAUCAGUGAGACCGACAUGCAUGUGUCGCAGAUGGCCAUCAGCUUCCUCACCACGCUGGCGCGCGUGCACCCAGACUCGCUGGCCAAGAUUGGCGGCUCCAUCCUGGGUGAGCUGAUCGCGCUGGUGCGCUCGCCGCUCCUGCAGGGUGGCGCCCUCAGCGCCAUGCUGGAGUUCUUCCAGGCCCUGGUGGCCACCGGCACGGCCAGCCUGGGCUACAUGGACCUGCUGCGCAUGCUGACGGGCCCCGUGUAUGCACAGAGCGCCGCCCUCACGCACAAGCAGUCCUACUACUCCAUCGCCAAGUGCGUGGCUGCCCUGACACGCGCCUGCCCCAAAGAGGGCCCCGCCGUGGUGGGCCAGUUCAUCCAGGACGUGAAGAACUCGCGCUCCACUGACUCCAUCCGCCUGCUGGCGCUUCUCUCGCUCGGCGAGGUGGGCCACCACGUGGACCUCAGCAGCCAGCCCGAGCUCAAGACCGUCAUCCUGGACGCCUUCUCAUCGGCCAGCGAGGAGGUGAAGUCAGCUGCCUCGUACGCGCUGGGCAGCAUCAGCGUGGGGAACCUGCCAGAGUACCUGCCCUUCGUGCUACAGGAGAUCUCUGGCCAGCCCAAGCGCCAGUACCUCCUGCUGCACUCGCUCAAGGAGAUCAUCAGCUCUGCGUCGGUGGCUGGCCUCAAGCCCUACGUGGAGAACGUGUGGACGCUACUGCUCAAGCACUGCGAGUGCACAGAGGAAGGCACAAGGAAUGUCGUGGCCGAGUGCCUGGGCAAGCUCACCCUCAUAGACCCGGAGACGCUACUGCCUAGACUGAAAGGCUACCUGCUAUCAGGUUCUUCUUAUGCCAGAAGCUCAGUAGUCACCGCUGUAAAGUUCACAAUUUCAGACCACCCACAGACAAUUGAUCCCCUCCUGAAAAACUGCAUAGGUGAUUUCUUGAAAACAUUGGAAGACCCAGACCUCAACGUGCGAAGGGUGGCCCUUGUGACGUUCAACUCUGCAGCCCAUAACAAGCCAUCGCUGAUCCGAGACCUCCUGGACACCGUUCUCCCUCACUUGUACAAUGAGACCAAAGUGCGCAAAGAGCUGAUUAGAGAGGUGGAGAUGGGCCCAUUCAAACACACGGUGGACGAUGGCCUGGACAUCCGAAAGGCCGCGUUCGAGUGCAUGUACACGCUUCUAGACAGCUGCCUCGACAGACUCGACAUCUUCGAGUUUCUUAAUCACGUGGAAGACGGACUCAAAGACCACUACGAUAUCAAGAUGCUGACGUUCCUCAUGCUGGCCAGAUUGUCCACUCUGUGCCCCAGUGCUGUACUGCAGAGGCUUGACAGGCUGGUGGAGCCCCUCCGGGCCACAUGCACAACAAAGGUGAAAGCCAACUCGGUGAAGCAGGAAUUCGAGAAGCAGGACGAGCUGAAGAGGUCAGCCAUGCGCGCCGUGGCUGCGUUGCUCACCAUCCCUGAGGCGGAGAAGAGCCCGCUGAUGAGCGAGUUCCAGUCGCAGAUCAGCUCCAACCCCGAGCUGGCCGCCAUCUUUGACAGCAUCCAGAGGGACUCCUCCUCAGCCAACAUGGAGUCCAUGGACACCAGUUAAAGCGAGUCGGCCACGCCCGACCCCAUCGAUCACAGAGAAACGCUGCAAGAAAACCAAGGGGGAACCCUUUACCGUUCCAUGCAUUGCACUGAAUCAACACUUAUAGGAGGGGAAAAAAGAAAAGCUAAAAAAAACCAAGAAAAAAGGUUUUAAAAAAAAAAAAAAAAGCGAGAAAAAAAAUCUUUAAAAAGGAUGCAUUCUCUUAAGCUUCAGAGCUUAUCACCACGUUCCUUGUUUUUUCAAUAGGGAAGAAAUUGCUUUGGUUGUGCAUCAUUCCUUGCUCCCUCCCUCCCCCUCCCCCUCCCCCACACACACCAGGUUUUUUUUGUUUUUUGUUUUUUUUUCCCCUUUUGCCUUUAUUUAGUUACAGUGUGAUAUAUUUCUGGAGGUGGCCCAGGUACCUCCUUGCACAGACCUUUUGAGCAUUGCUGCGUUGAGGGACUUGAACGGCUGGCACAGAAAGAAACCGAGGAAGCUUUUUGGUGUUACUGGUGAGGAGAGACGCUCAUUUCCUUCUGGACUGGACUCUGUGUGGGAUCGAUGGGUGUGAAGUCUAGCAUAGUCAGUUAAGCUGACCUACAUGCCAUCUUUUGUUUUCUAUGUUACCAUUUUUUCUUACCAGACCAGAUUUAAUGGGCGUUUUUGUACAAUUUCGAAUUUCAAGUCUCGUCUCUCAUCGCGUUGUCUUGAUCAUUAGGCAAGUUUGUGGGCUCCGAGAGAUAUGAACCUGUUUAAAAAUAUUCUAUUAAAGAAGUGUACUGUGGCUAGGAUGCUACUGGAUGAGUGAAUACUGGUUUGUUUACCCCUUCCAUGACCUAUAAUGACCACAUUCCCACCCUCUGCAGAUUUACAUGGUGUAAAAAGCAUGUAUUAGAGAUCCAGUGACUUAAAUACACUCGGUGUGUGUGUGUAAGAUUUUCUUUUUCUACCUGAUAGUUAUGUUUGGCUCAAGCAUACAGAUGCAACAUCUGAAUUCAGUCUUGUUAUGAGAAAUAACUGCUCUGUAUGGACCUGAUUUCCUCACGUAUGUGAAAUAAAGUGAGUGGAGAACUCUCUGAUCACAUGCA